ACUCUAAUUAAUUUACUCCAUCGACGAAUUUGGCACCUUUCCUAUGACUUCAUACUUUCUCUUUCGACCGGCAGUACCCAGUUGGGAGUAUUUAAUUGCCUUCAUCAGUCGUUGGCGGACAUCCGCGUGUGACCAGUCUGCAGUUUCGGCCGAAAACUGACCCCCCAAAAAUGGAGUGCUACUUUUGGUCAUUAGUGGUACUGCUGGUGGUGACUUCCGGAAGUGUAUUGUGCUCUGAGGAGAUUAAAAUCAGUGGUAACGAAACCUUGCUCUCAAGUAACAGUAGUAGUAGCAGUGGCGGAAGAUCUGCACGACAGUGGCCAUUUUGGUCGGUGGGACGAAUUGCGAAUUUGCCGUGUCAGUCUUCGAACGGGUUGACCGGAACCUGCCAGAUUCGGGGCGAGUGUGACGCCAACGGUGGUAUUGCCUACGGAACCUGCAGCACUUUGACGACUCAGUCCGUUUGUUGCGUGUUUGUCGGAACGUGUGGGGGAUCCUCAUCGCAGAAUGUGACCUACUUCCGUAACUCUGGGUAUCCCGCACCGUACAACGGAGGUGGAACGUGCUCGUUCUCGGUAGUUCCACAGGACAACACGAUCUGUCAGUUGAGGAUCGACUUUACGGCGUUUUCGCUAGCGCAGCCGACGGGCGAUGGAGUUUGCUCGGUGGACAAUAUGCAGGUUCUUUACGGGGGUACCCGUUUAACGUCAAUGUGCGGAGAUAACAACGGCCAGCACGUGUACAUUCCGUUCAGCGGAACAAGCGCGAUCAGUGUGCAAGUCUCGACAACGCCCUCGACGUCGUUUAACCGGGUUUGGAACCUGAAACUGACGCAGAUUCCCUGUACGAGCCAGUUCAAAGCUCCUCCGGGUUGCUUGCAGUAUUAUUCAGGCAUCACCGGAGAUAUCUACAGCUUCAAUUAUGGAACUGGAGCAAAUCCAGCGUUGAAUGCCGCUAUGAGCCUGACCGGAAGUCGGCAGCUGGCCAGCAUGAACUAUGGAAUCUGCGUGCAACGCGCUGCGGGUCGCUGUACCAUCACUUACAAACUUCCCGCCGCUGACCCCUACGCGUUCACCUUGACCUCGGACGUUACGAUGGCGGCAGCCGGCACUCUCGGUACCGCUGCAGCAGGAGUACAGGCAGCUCAGUGUACCACCGACUAUCUGAUCAUCCCGAAUCCGGUCGGUAUUGCGAACGAUCGUUUCUGUGGAGCCGGACUAGCUCCCGUAACUAGCAACUCCAUACCGUUCGUCCUGUGGUCCAUAACCGAUGCGAACGAAACUCCCGACGUGGCCAAUCGCGGAUUUCAUCUGUUAUACACUCAAAACUUGUGUGCGGUACCGGCUGGAUAACAAAAUUUCACCCGUUUAAA